GGCGGGGCGGGGCUCGCUCCGACUCGAACCUGGAGCUGUCCUCUCCCUUUCGGGCCGCCGCCUAUUCCCGGUGCUACGCAGGGUUUCUAGGCGCCGCGGGUCCUGAGCAUCGCCUACCAGGCACAGGUUCCCCAAGAAACAAGGAACAUGGAAGAAUCUGCAAACCAGUUGCAGCCUCUGAGUGACAAUCAGGUAGCCAACUCCGAGGGCGGAUAUGUCUGGCAGGUCACCGACAUGAACCGGCUGCACCGCUUCUUGUGUUUCGGUUCCGAAGGCGGCACCUGCUAUAUCAAAGAACAGAAGCUGGGCCUUGAGAAUGCCGAAGCCUUAAUUAGACUGAUCGAAGAUGGCAGAGGAAGCGAAGUAAUCCAGGAAAUCAAGUCCUUUAGUCAGGAAGGCAGGACUGCCAAACAGGAGCCAUUGCUCUUUGCACUGGCCAUCUGUUCCCAGUGUGCGGACGUCAGCACAAAGCAAGCAGCAUUUAAAGCUGUCCCCGAAGUGUGUCGCAUCCCGACCCACCUCUUCACUUUCAUACAGUUUAAGAAAGACCUGAAGGAGAGCAUGAAGUGUGGAAUGUGGGGUCGAGCUCUCCGGAAGGCCGUGGCAGACUGGUAUAAUGAAAAAGGCGGCAUGGCCGUGGCCUUGGCCGUUACAAAGUAUAAACAGCGAAAUGGCUGGUCUCACAAAGAUCUCCUACGACUGUCCCACCUUAAACCUAACAGUGAAGGACUUGCUAUUGUGACCAAAUAUAUCACAAAGGGCUGGAAAGAAGUUCAUGAACAGUAUAAAGAAAAACCACUUUCUGUGGAGACUGAAAAACUACUAAAGUACCUGGAGGCUGUGGAGAAAGUGAAGCGUACAAAGGACGACCUGGAAGUCAUUCAUCUGAUUGAAGAACACCAGUUAGUCAGGGAGCAGCUGCUGACAAACCACUUGAAGUCUAAAGAGGUAUGGAAGGCUUUAUUACAAGAAAUGCCCCUUACUGCACUCCUAAGGAACCUGGGAAAGAUGACUGCCAAUUCAGUGCUUGAACCAGGAAGUUCUGAAGUUUCUUUAGUAUGUGAAAAACUGAGCAAUGAAAAACUGCUUAAGAAGGCUCGUAUACAUCCAUUUCACGUUUUAACUGCAUUAGAGACCUACAGAACAGGCCAUGGGCUCCGAGGAAAGUUGAAGUGGAUUCCAGAUAAAGAAAUCUUGCAAGCAUUGGAUGAUGCUUUUUAUAAAACAUUUAAGACAGUUGAGCCAACUGGGAAGCGCUUCUUGCUGGCUGUUGAUGUCAGUGGUUCUAUGGACCAGAGAGUCUUGGGUAGUGUACUCAAUGCUAGUACUGUUGCCGCGGCAAUGUGCAUGGUGGUUACACGGACAGAGAAAGAGUCUUCAGUAGUUGCUUUUGCGUGUGAUAUGGUACCAUUUCCAGUGACGACAGACAUGACAUUACAGCAGGUUUUAACGGCUAUGAACAAAGUUCCAGCGGGCACCACGGAUUGCUCUCUUCCAAUGAUCUGGGCCCAGAAAACAGGCACAGCUGCAGACGUCUUCAUUGUGUUCACUGAUAAUGAGACCUUUGCUGGGCAGGUGCACCCGGCUAUUGCCCUGCGGGAGUACCGAAAGAAAAUGGCUAUUCCUGCUAAAUUGCUUGUUUGUGGGAUGACAUCAAACGGCUUUACGAUCGCAGACCCAGACGAUAGAGGCAUGUUGGAUAUGUGUGGCUUUGAUACUGCGGCUCUGGAUGUAAUUCGGAAUUUCACGUUGGAUGUCAUUUAACCCUAAGUACCUGAAUGAUCUGAGAGGUGCACUGCUUCCCAGCUAGACGCAGUUGUGAGAAAUGUCAUCAGUAUGUGCAUGUUAGAAAUGUACAUUGGCAGAACAGGAAGAGGGAAGGAAGGAAACACGUUGAGCAUGUACUCAGCUAGCUCUUGCGAAGUCUUCAGGAUACUGUAGCUUUCUCUAUAGAGAACUUCUUUUUAAUAGACACUAUAAAAUAGUCAUGUUUUUCGUCACUGAAUCACACCUUUGUACUGAAAGUGAGAUACAAAGUCUAAGUAGCCUCACAUCAUGUCACUUGUUUGAGAAGUGCUUGUUUUCUUAAAUGUCUUCAUUGGAAAAGGACAGUUUUGAUAAUGUCCAAAAACUCUGAGGUGCACUAGACCAUGUGACUGUGAUGGAAAUGAACCUCACCAGGUAAAUUUUUAUACCAAGGAGUUUAAAAAAAAGACAUUUGGUUAAACUAAAUUAUGAAUGAAUUUUACAAAUUCAGAGUUUUCUAAGAUCAUAUGAACAACAGCUUUCUUAUUCAAUGCAAAAGAUGUUUUCUUUCAGGUGUUUAAUUUGUACUUGUUAGGAUUUGAUACCAUUUGGCCAAAACAUGGUGGAAAUGUUGAGUUGUAAGGGACUCGUUGAAUGGAUAUAGCCUGAGGGAUUCGCUUUGUAGCCUUAUGUUAACUGAGCAACAACAGUGUCUCACACACUCACGCAUUCCUAGUGUUUCGUCCCCCAUCUGUAAUCCUGACAGUAUAAUAACUAAAACUCUACUGUAAAGACAUAGCUUUCUGUACCCCUAAAUAUCUUUAGUUCAUUUUCAUAUUUUUCUAAUAUUAAGUUUGUCUGAAGUCUUUUAUAUUUUUGCCCACUAUUCAUCUUGUGUCUAAUUUCCUUUUUAUAGAGUAUAGAAAUAAUAACAAGCUAGAUCCUUCCAGUUCAAACAAUUUUAGAGUAGCCAUAUCAACCAAUCAGUUUAUGUAGGAAAUUUAAAAACUUGCUUUGUACAAAUUAAACGUCUUUUUCACAUACUAAAAUACAUUCUUUUCUUGAGCAAGUACAUGUUUUCACCAGGGAAGCUUAGCAUGAGAAUGGCCUAUUGAGCACCAGUAGUUCUUCUCUUGAUUCAGUAAUGGUAUCUACAGUAGUUUAUACUAAAACUCUAAUUUUUAUGUAUUACUCUUUAAAUAUUAAAGAUUUACUGUGGGCUUAUAAAGCCCUUCCAAAGCUAGUAUGUGUAGGUUACAUAACCUUACAAGUGUUUAGGGGUGAAGUUCUUUUAUUUGGGAAAGAAAGUGCUAGUGUAAGGAUUUGUGUACAUAUUUUCUUUUUUUUUCUAAGAAAUUUAGUCUCAGAGAAUAAGAAAAUAUUCCCUUCAGAUGACUUGACAUUAAUUAAGUUUCAUAUGUAGCCAUUCCUCCAAGACAGUAACAAAUUUUCAAUAUUAUUAGCAAAGAUAGUAUCAUCUGCAGUUCUAAACACCAUUGCUUCUAAUGCUGUUUUGGCUUGACCACUGUCACAUGGGAAAUUUCACAUUUUAACUAAUUAUGAUAUACUAAAGUCUCAUAUUCAAACUGAAUUUAAGGUUAAAAACACUAGUAAUUACAUGAGAGCUAUUGAAUUCCUUAAACCCAGGAUCUAAGUUUUAACUUAUUAUGAAAUUUACAUGGAAUAUUAUAUAAAAGCUUAUUUCUUUUUUUUUCUAUGCUACUUAGAUUGUGCUUUUAGGCAAGCAGAGUAUAUCUAGGAGCUACCCAUCAGGGAAAUAAGGGUCUACCUAAAUACUGUAGAAGGGUACAGUAUUUAGGUAGACCUAACUAAAUAGAUUAAGAUUGAAGACAGAAGCCGAGUGUGAUGAUGCAUGCCUUUACUCCUGGGGAAACAGAGGCAGGUAGAUCUCUUAAGUUAGAAGCCAGCCUGCUCUACAUAGUAGAUUUCAGACCAAUCAGGCCUACGUAGUGAGACUCUGUCUCCAAAAAGGAAAAAGGUUUAAGGGGGAAAAAGUCCCCACAGAAAGAAGUCUUAUCUUCAAAUCACAAAACUUCGGAGUAGAAAAAAAAAACUUAGAACUGUUUUUUUGUUUGGUUGGUUGGUUGUUUGUUUGGGGUUUUUUUUGUUUUUUUUUUUUUAAUUUGGAUAAUAAUUAGAAAGCAGUCUGGAUCUUCUGGAUGUUUGUGUGUUCAUUGUUGUUUGUGACAGGGUCUCCCUACAUAGACAUAGUCACGGCUAUUCUGGAGCUCACGGUGUAUAGAGCAGUCUGGCCUUGAACAGAGAUCCUCCUGCCUCUGCCUCCCGAGUGCUGAGGUUAAAGGUGUGUGCCACUAUGCCCAGCGUAAGGCUGGAUGGUUUUGGAGAGAGGUCUGCCUCUCCACUCAGCUUUCUGGCUUUCACUUUCUCAUCCACAGAGCACAUUGAUUUAGUAAGAGAUACAGUAGAAUUAUGCAAGUGUUUUACCUAAUUUAGAUGUUAGGAAUUGAUGAUAUGCAUGAUUACUUUAGGGACUUGUGAACACAUAUGAUUUUUUUUCAUCUGGAGUAAUUCUCAAAUACAAUUAUGUCUCUGCAGCCUAUGUUGCUAUGGAAUCCAGCCACAUGGAAAGGCAGUAUUACCUCAUUAAGCAUAGAUACCCUCAAGUGGUGAAUAAGUUUUAUUUUUCAAAUUACCACUAGGGAUACUCUUAAGUAAAUAGUAUGGAAAAAUACUGCUUUAAAAAGCAAUCUUAAAUGUUAUUUCCUAGAUACUAUGUAAAUAUUUCCAGGACUUAGUUGUUAUUAAUAACCAGAAACACUAAUCUUUUCAUCUCACUGUUUUUUGAUUAGUGGAUAGUCCACUUAUUAAAACUGUUACUUAGUAACUGUUUUCAGGGUGUAUUAGGAAGGGGUAUGCUAGUAAGUAGAAAGUACUUCAUCCUUUGGAGCUUCUUGUUCUUUUUCAUGUGCUGUGUCAUUACUGACAACCAGUUCUACAUAUGUGGUAAAAUUCUGCUCUCCUACAAAUUAAUGUAUCUUAUUCACAGAUCAUAGGACAAGCAGUUUAAUACUUACCUGACAUUGAAACUGGAAAGGAGGCCUUUCAUUACAAGUUCAAACUUCGUUUUUGAUUAUAAACAAUAGGAUGUCAUUAUUCCCUGAAAAAGAAGAAUAAGAAAUAUAUCCCCCCAAAAUAAAAUGAAAGCAAAGCUCAUAGUCAAAAUAGCACCAUGCUGACCAAGCACUUGCUUAUGUUAAUUUAUUUGAAUAACAAUGUCUGAAGCUGACAAAAUAGCAGGUUGUUUCUCACUUUUCUAGACUUUAAAAAAAAUACCAAUAUAAAUUUAAGACUAUAAUGAUCUUUAGAAGCACAGUAAGAGUACAUCUAAGCAGGAAAUGAGAGCUAAAUCAUUAUAAAUUAUUGGAGUUAUUUUCCUGUGACCUAAAAACUUGGUUCCAGGGUGAGCAAGAUGUCAUAAUGGGUGAAGACACUCACCACCAAGCCUGAUGAAUUGUUCUCAGUCCCUGGACCCCACUUGGUAGAAGAAAACAAAGGAUUUGAAGACAGGUCCAGUCCUCUGAUCUCCGCAUGCAUGCCAUGGCACAUGUGCAUGCAUGCGUGCAUGUGUGCGUGCCUGCAUAAAAGUGGAAAAAAGAUACUGCAUAGAUUUGGUGGUUGUGUGGUGUGCUUGUGCUAAAAGUAACUCAAGAUGCAAAAAUCUAGUCUCAGAUUACAUUGGUUUUGUUAGGGUACAAAUUGUCCUCUUAGAGAAAUGUCACACAGCCAGAAGGAAGGAUCACAAAAGAUGAUGGGUUCUUUGUACAAGCUGGUGUUAACUCAGCAGUUACUUUGUUCUCUUGAUACUUGCUCCAUUAUCUGUUAUUCCAUGGGAGAUUACUUCUUGCUCAUUUUUCUCUUUUGCAAAGAUUUCUCCCAUUUUUGUCAUCUUACAUAAAUUUAAGAGUAUAUUUUCCAUGGUUGGAGAGAUCACUGGUUAAAAGCACUGGCUACUAUUCCAGAGGACCCAGGUUCAAUUCCCAGUACCCACAUGGCAGCUCACAACUCUGUAACUCCAGUUCUGGGGAUCCUACACCAUCACACAGAUGUCCAUACAGGCAAAACACCAAUACACAUUUAAAAAAAUAAUUUAUUUUUUUAAAAACCUUUUUUUCCAAAUUACUGAGUACCUGGAUUGAUAAAGUCUCUCCCCAAAUCAAGUCAUAUUGUAGAUAUUCCAGAAAUGUUGUGGCCAUUCAGUAAGAUCAGUUAUUCAGAAUCUGUGUGUAAUUAUUGAUAAACACUAAAAAGGGAAGUGUUAUACUAUAUCUAUAUAAGCAGUCUAAUAAUUGACAGCAAAGUGACACACACAUCCUCAGUUCCAUAAUUAUACUCCUAGUUUACAAAGUCAAGUGAGUGUCCAUGCACACAUACAUGUACACUGAACUUACAAAGCCUUAUAAUGACUUAUGUUGACAUUCAGUAUCUUAUUGAUAACUAUUUACAUUGUUGAAAAAAAUCACUAUAAACUUCAAAGUUGAUUCUAAAAUAUUUUUCAUAUAGAAAAUUAAUAUAGCUAAGUGUGCUAUUUGAGUACAAUUAUAAGAAAUGGCAUGGUUUUCCUAAACCCUAAAAGUAACAAGAUAUAUUAGAGAAGAUGGAAAGGAAGAUCAAUAAUACUCUAUCCCUGGAAUCGUGAUGAUUUCCAGUCAGCAUUUGUAAAUAUAAUGAAGAGAUACAAAAGGCGUUUCUGAUCCUUCAGAGAUGUUCGCCUUCCGACCUUCUUUAUCCCUGCCUUUAUCGUCUUUAGGAAUACAAAUGAACUUUAAUUUUAAAAUGUUUGAACUUCUGUACCUUGUAUAAGUUAUCAGACUCUGGAUUUGAAAAAAAAAAGAAACUAAAUUAUUUUUAUUUCUGCUGGUUUCACUUUACUGUAUAUUUAUAUUAUUAAACGUAUUAAAAAAGGAAUAGGUUAACAUUGUUAACUAUGUGUAAUUACUAAAUUAUAUCAGUGAAACCAUUACAUUGAGACUUGUGUCUAAAUGAUUUCUUAGGCUUUGUUUGACGUGUAAACUCAAACCCCAUUAUGACCAAAUUAGAUUUAAAGAAAGUGAAUGAAUCCUAAUGAAGAAAACUGUUCUUGUUGCACUGUUCUAAAUACAGAAGGUAUAUUUGGUAUGGUUGGUGAAAUAGCUUUUGUUAUUAUUUAAGUUACAAUUUCUUACUACAAAUUUAAUAAUGAAUUCUCCAAAGGAAUGGGAUAUAGUGAGUUAUAUUUGAAAGGAUUGGAAGAAAAGUGUUACAAUCUGCUUCUAAGGUAUAUAUUUGUUUUAUUACAAUUAUAUUUACUUCCAUAAUUGGCCAAUUGAUGGAUCUUUCAGGUAUCCAGAAUUAUGUCUGCAUAGAAUAAAUUAUAGUUAUAUUAAGAGCCUUAAAGUGGAAAAAGGACUCUUUUGACUGCCUUAACAUAUAACAUAUGACAUAUGACAUAUGUCCUUUCCAGACAUACUGAUUUCUUUAGGGUCUGUUAAAUAAGUAAUGCCUUAAUAGUCUGCUAAUGUUUCUGAAGAGUAGAGCUUACAGGGUCUUCUAGAGCUUUUAAUUUUAUGUAAUGAAUGGAAAUUUAACUUAGGUAUUAAACCUGAUUGCACAUUAAUAAUCUAAAACAAGAAAAGAAUAAUCUGGCUAUGCUGAUGUGUUAUAAAUAAACGACUGUAACAUCAGUAUAUUUUAUGGUUGCUUAAGAUUUUUUAUUGUUUUGUAUAACCAGUUAUCCAGAAGCUGGACUUCCUGGCUAUAAUAUGACCUCCAAGGACCGUGUUGCAUAUUUAACACUGGAUGAAAAGUACAGUUGUAUAGUUUCAAAAAGAACUGCUUUUUAAGGGGAAAUUUUAAGGCAAAAAGCAAAUGUUUUGGCUCAAGCCUAUGACCAAAGUCAUUUAGAGAAUUGAAGAUAGUAUUAAAACCUUGAGACUCUUGCAAUAAAAAUAUCAGGCCAGUGACUUGAUUCAUUGCAUUCACAUUUUGCAUUUGUUUUGCCUGCCAAAGCAGAAAAAUCUUGCAAAACUGAAAGAAUGCUUUAAAUUGUCACGCUGGUGCUUAAAGACCUAUUAUUACACUUGCUGUGUAACUAGCUUAUUUCCAGGACAGGAGCCCGGGGAGGGCACACAGGCCUUUCCUAGGACUUAUGACUUACUGAUACUGUCAAGUCUUCCCAGUUUGCAGUGUACAUAACAUGUGACAAUGUGACAUUGAUAUUUUCCACUGAGGCAUGGGUGAAUGCUUCAAUUAUUCUACUUCAUGGUAAAAGUUUUCACUAAUACCGAGAAAUCUUGAUUUUUGUAACCUUGCAAAAUAACCUAUUACAUCCAAGUUGAUUAUCUCUUACCUGAAAUGCGUGGGGCCACGAGUAUUUUAAGAUUCUUUUUUCCCAUUUUGGAACCUUUUUCAGAUGUAUAAUGGAACACCUGGGAUUUGCUGUAUGAGCCUCAUGUGUGUCAUGUGAAAGAAAAACAUUGUUUUUUAAUGGACUUGCUUUUGACUGUGACUUGGCAAUUGGUCUACUGUGGAACUUUCCACGUGCAUUAUUAUGUUAACAUUCUGAUAUUUCCAAUUCUGGAGCUUUCUAAAACUUUGCAUUUUCAAAGUAGGGAUGCUUAACCUGUAAGUCAUUACAGAUGUGGAGCGGGCACUACACGAACUGUUUGUCACCAGUUUAUUGUAGAAAUUGAUAGGUGUACCAAAUAAAUUAUAUGGAUAUCAAGUAACUGUCUUUUAAUCUUUUUUAAAAACACAUGAAUUUUAAGGUUGUAAUAUGCCUUAUAUGUAAAACCCUGAAGCAUCUGUUACAAUUCAAAAGAUAAAAAAAAUUAACUUUCUGUAA